GUGCGUAGUGAUGCGAAAUUAUGUAUAUCGAUAAAUAAAGAAGCGAGUUUUAAAAAUGUGUUUGUGUAAAAGAUUAUUUUUUAAAGUGAUUGUUUGUUUUUUUAUAAACUACGUCAAAUGUCAACAAGAAGUACUGAUAGAAGAGUCAUCUGCUAUAGAGUCUUUCCACUCUGGCGUGGGUGGUGCGGUCGAGCUGCCUUGUGACGUCACACCCGCCCUCCCCAACGACAGUAUGGGCCUUGUCAUCUGGUACAAGCAAGGGCAUGACACGCCAAUAUACACCUAUGACAAGCGAGAGGGUGUGACGUCACACUGGUCUGAUCCCUCGACGCUGUCCACCCGAGCCACUUUCCGCACCAACACCGAACCAGCAGUGUUAUUACUCACCAAGCUAAGAGCUGAAGACAGUGGGCAGUACAGAUGUCGAGUGGACUUUAUUAAAUCACCCACGAAGAAUACUAGACUCAAUCUAACUAUACUUAUUCCACCUGAGCGACUGCUGAUUCUGGAUCAGGAAGGUGACGAGAUCAAAGGCGGCGUUCUCGGUCCCUACGACGAGGGCACUGAAGUCAAUCUCACUUGCGUCGCUGUCGGAGGUCGCCCUCCCGCACGAGUUUCCUGGUGGAAGUCACACGCACUGCUAGCCAACUCGGAGGCGCGCGCCACUGUCUUCUUCACACUGCAACGAGCAGACUACGGAACUGAAGUUACUUGUCAGGCAGUGACAGAUCCUUCGAUAGCUCCGCUCUCCGAGAUCCUGACCAUUGAUAUUAACCUUCGACCAUUAUGGGUGAGGUUGCUAGGUGGUAAACGUCCUCUAGUAGCUGGACGGCGUGCGGAGCUGGUCUGUCAGGCAGUCGGCGCGCGUCCACCGCCUAACAUAUCCUGGUGGAAGGGUGGUACCAGACUCACCACUGUUAGAGAAACUACCUCCCCUGAUGGUAACGUGACCAGCAGUACUUUGAGCUUCUUACCCAGUAUAGAGGAUGCGGGUAGGGUGCUUUCUUGUAGAGCUACACAACCAGCUCUACCUAGAGCCGUUCGAGAAGAUGGAUUUCAGCUUGAAGUACAACAUUUGCCAGUAGUGAAGUUAGAGCUUGGCGCAAACUUGGACGCUUCUAAAGUGGUCGAAGGGUCUGACGUUUAUUUAGACUGUAUGGUGCGUGCAAACCCAUGGCAUACGCAUGUCUAUUUCACUCAUAAUGGCGCGACCGUUCGUGGUGGCGCCGGUAUAGUAGUCGCCAACCAGAGCCUCGUGCUGCAGCACGUGUCUCGUCGCGCAGCUGGCGCGUAUGUGUGCGUCGCACGCAACGCUCUGGGAGAGGGUUCCAGCGAGCCACUCAUUUUGGAUGUCAAGUACAGCCCAACAUGCAAAAAUGCGCAGCCAAUACCCUUGCGUGCGGCUCGAGGAGAGACCGUGGAGAUUGACUGUGAGUUGGAGGCCAAUCCACAGGAGGCCAUGACAUAUCAGUGGUGGCUCAAUAGCACAGCUCAUUCUAAGCUCGAACUUAAUACGAUGGCCGUACACGCGCAGAACAAUCUUGGUAGAUACCUAUACACGGUUAACACUUCGGCUGAUUAUGGCUGGGUACAAUGUGCCGGCACUAACACGGUGGGCCGGCAAGAUGUGGCCUGCUUGUUCAACAUACUACCCGCUGAAAAGCCGUCCCCGGUAAAGAGCUGUACGAUCACAAACGUGACACACGAGUCUGUAUCGUUAGUCUGCGCGCCCGGACAUGACGGUGGACUGCGACAGGCCUUUCUUUUGCAGGUCUUUGAUAUGGCAACGGGUUUGUUGCUCCGUAACAUGAGCAGCGAGGAGCCACAGUUCGCGGUGUGGGGUCUAACCGGUGCCGUGGGCAUGUCGAUUCGCGCUUUCAACAGCAAGGGGUCCAGUGAGCCUUUUACGCUAUCGUCUAGCUUGCUGAAACAUCCACUGCGACAGACGGCAAACGUGCCAGUCAGGGUAGAACUGACGACUAUACUGGUAACAGUACUGUGUACUGUAGCUGGUAUCGCUGCGAUCACUACUAUAUCAGCAUUUAUCUUUUGCUGGAAGUACUGCCAAAAAGAAGAAGAGAAAAAUGACAAAUCGAAACGUAAACAAGAUGACAUAUCGAACACUCCACUCACAGGCACUAAUGAAAGCGUUGAUAGCUUAGAUAAAAACCCGGAUAUAAUACCAAUUGAAGGUAAAAUAAAUGAUAAUUGUUCGAAUAAAUCGUCCGCGACCGAUUAUAGUUCAAUACGGCCUCUCUUGUCUAAGUCUGAUUCAGAAAAAUACGGCACCAAUUGCGAUCGCCAUUGUGAACACAAUGAGCCUUGCAGUCAAUACGUGCAAGUGCGACCGUUGGACUUCCGGGUUCAUCAGUACCAACAUGGCCUACACAUGCCCAAUAUUGGAUCCAGUUUAGGCCUAGGUCCAAACAUGAGCCACAUACCAAAUAUUGGUCCAAAUGACUGUCAAGCUCCAUACGACAAAGUGUACGAGAAUUGGUUGAAAUAUAAGAAUUCUUUGCCAUUAAAUACGAGUGGAUUGCUACCAAUGGAGCAAUGUAUGCCUCCUGAACUAUAUCCGCCCACUGUAUACAGUGCGGCAAGUAGGAAUCCUCUCAACUUGGCUCAGAUGCCUGAAUUAGAAUCUUACCACGCGGAGCCUCGUUCAAUUACGCAGGAGUACCGCGGCGCUUCGCCCCCAGUGCGAGUUAACACAGAUAGCACCAGUGCUUACUUUAGCAAGAAUUUGCUGCCAAGGUCAGCUAUGGGUAAUCUACAACGACCGGACGCUGACUCCACCAUGAAGUCCGUUGAAACCAACACGCAACAAAAUGACCAUAGACAAGAGUGUAGGUGAGAUAACAUCGAUGAUUAUUCAGAAACAAAAAUGUGAAGUGAUAAACUUUGUGAAAAAUAAAAACGGUGCAAAAGAAUAUAAUUAUUGUCGAAAGUGAGGUUGUUUCAUUAAAAUAAUAAUUAUAUAAUAAUAUAUAAAUAGAUGAAAUCUAAACGAAAUUUUUAAAUUAUUCUUUAAACUUAAUGUAUUUUAACAUUGCGUACUGUCAAUUUUGCUUGAUGAUAUUUUCAAAUUUUUAACGUUUAUUCGAAUUUUUCUAAAAUUUUAAGACUGAUAUUUUAAAUGAUCGAAGUGUUCGCUUAGUAUGUUUCACUGACAAAAUAUAAAUAAAAUUUAAGAAUAAAUAAGAUUUUAAUGUUCACUGUUCAAAAAAUGUAUAUGUCAAUGGUUGUAUAUAUAAUUAUUGUAAAUAGUUUGUUUAUUUAUUGUACAGAUAAAUGAUAUAAUAGAAUGUGUUGCCAUAUUAGUUAAGAUAUUGUUAGAAUUUUAAUAGUAUGGAAUCACGAGCUUCUAUGGAAGUAAAAAAUAACAUAUAAAUAAAUGUAUCAAGUGUUUCCUGGAACAUUAUUUUAAGUUAAUAAUUGUACUUAUUAAACAUUACACUAACUUAACAUUGCACUAACGUAAUAAAAUGUACUUUACUCAUUGAUUUAUAUUUUAUUAAUGUUUUCAUUUGAUUCAAUGUAAAGAUAACACAUCUAUAAUAAGUUCAAUUUCUACUAAAAUUCUACUUCCUGUUGUAGAAAAUACACGUGACUGUGUACUAAUGUAUAUAGCACUUUAUUAUACAGGCUGUUGAAAUAUCGAAGAUACACUAUACAAUUUUGUUUGUACGAGUUUAUUAAUUUGAUGUUUUUAAAGUAAUUGAAUAUCACUAAAUAUUUCUGUUUAGUAUUUUUCCUUCAAUAAAUUGAAAUAAAUGUGUUUAUAUCUUUA